AUGGACGUGGACGAGUCACCCAGAAAGGCGCAGGACGAGCUCGAGGACGAGGUCAUGGAGAACAGCCCGCCUGCGCUGGACGACGACGGUGACAUGGGCCUGUUUGGCUCAGGGGACGAAGAAGAGGACGAGGAUGAUGUGCGAGACAGACGGCGGAAGCUGGACGACGUCGAGCUCGACUCGGGCGACGACGAGGGACGAUACGACCGAGCUGGGUCUCCCAUGGAAGAGGACGGCGUGGACUACAACAGGACACUGAAUAUCAUGGACCUGAGCCUGGGACGAGCUCCCGAGCCAGAGACCACAGACGGACAGUUGUUCAAUUGCGCUAUACCAAACUUUCUCUCGAUAGAGUCGGAAGAUUUUAAUCCAGAGACAUACGUUGCACCUCCAUUCUCCUCUGCAUCGACCUCGCUCUGCUGGAGGACCAGCCCGGACGGCGGCGAGCUCCAGUCCAAUGCCAGGAUAAUACGCUGGUCUGACGGCUCCAUGACCCUCCAGCUUGCCUCAAACCCAACAGAACAGUACAGGAUAUCCUCUAAGGCACUCGCGCAGUCUAGCAGACCCGGCAAGCGAGAAGAGUACGAUCCCGACCUGGAGUCUCACACAUACCUCGGUGUGGCAGCAGAAGCAUCCUCAGUCAUCCGUCUCACCUCACGCAUCACUUCCUCCCUCAGCAUUCUCCCGUCCACAGUCGAGACAGACGAUGCAGUGCAGAGGCUACAGGAGUCCCUUGCCGCAGCUUCACGAAGCGGUAAGAAGACGGCAGACGGAUCAGUGGCCAUCAUCGAAGUCAAGCAGGACCCUGAGCUGGCCAAGAAACAGGCCGAACAGGCUGAGCGAGAGAAGCUGCGUGAAGCUCGUAAGCGACAGGCUGCUGCUGAGCGAGAAGUCGACCGUGGCAGACGAAGUACCACAUUCCAGCGCUCAGGUGCAGCAGGUCUUACCAUCGCCGGCCUUGAAGGGGACGAGGACAUGGGUACCACCAAGUCCCGUGCUGGAGCAAAGAGGCCUGGUGCCCGCAAACCCCGUCGUCGUGACGAGAUCUACUCGGAUGAAGAAGACGACUAUGAUCGAAGAGGCCGUACGCGUGAAGACGAGUACGAUGAAGAUGACGGGUUCCUGGUUGGGAGUGACGAAGAGCCUGAGAUCGAGGAAGACGAGGAAGAGGAAGAAGAAGAGGCUGAGGAUGAAGACAUGGAUGCCGAGGGUGAGAUCGACGACGACGUCCAACCUGCGAAGCCCAGUGGUAAAGCAUCUCGGCCACAGUCACCCGGUCAGAAAGAGGCUUCUCCUCAGGCACGGAAGAAACAUAGAUACGUUGUUGAUGAUGACGAUGACGAGUAG